UGAGGAGGCGCGGCCGCUCCCACCUCACUGACAGCGGGGACCGACGACCUGACGGACCGACAGCCACUCAGGGUGAAAAACGAGCCUGCAGUAUUAAAAAAAAACAAGAAAAAAACCCAGCGCUAACGAUAAGCUGAUUAAACAACAUAUUCUGAAUCUAACGGAGGAAUACAUUCAUCCUGCUCCUCAGAUAAACGCCCUGUCCUCCCUGUCGCCUGUUGCUGCCAUAAUAAAAGCAGCCGUUGCUAAGCUGUCAGAUGUGGGAGGCUUGAAAACAGGAACCAUGUCCAAGGGACCAGCAGUCGGCAUUGAUCUGGGCACUACCUACUCCUGCGUUGGAGUGUUCCAGCAUGGCAAAGUUGAAAUCAUUGCCAAUGACCAAGGAAACAGGACCACGCCCAGUUACGUGGCCUUCACAGACAGUGAGAGGCUGAUCGGGGAUGCAGCCAAGAAUCAGGUUGCCAUGAACCCCACCAACACAGUAUUCGAUGCAAAGCGGCUCAUUGGACGUCGGUUUGAUGAUAGCGUUGUUCAGUCGGACAUGAAACACUGGCCAUUUACAGUCAUUAAUGAUGCUUCACGGCCCAAAGUUAAAGUGGAGUACAAGGGCGAGACCAAGACCUUCUACCCAGAGGAGAUCUCCUCCAUGGUGCUAAUCAAAAUGAAGGAGAUUGCAGAGGCGUACCUUGGGAAGACUGUAACAAAUGCUGUAGUGACUGUGCCUGCCUACUUCAAUGACUCUCAGCGCCAGGCCACCAAAGAUGCAGGGACCAUUUCUGGGCUGAAUGUCCUUCGUAUCAUCAAUGAACCAACUGCUGCUGCUAUCGCUUAUGGUCUGGACAAAAAGGUUGGAUCUGAAAGAAACGUCCUCAUCUUUGACCUGGGCGGUGGCACGUUUGACGUCUCCAUCUUGACUAUUGAAGACGGCAUCUUUGAGGUCAAGUCCACAGCAGGCGACACACACUUGGGUGGAGAAGACUUCGAUAACCGCAUGGUCAACCACUUCAUCGCAGAGUUCAAGCGCAAGUACAAGAAGGAUAUCAGCGACAACAAGAGAGCGGUCCGUCGUCUGCGCACCGCUUGUGAGAGGGCGAAGCGCACUUUGUCUUCCAGCACCCAGGCCAGCAUCGAAAUCGAUUCUCUGUACGAGGGAAUCGAUUUCUACACCUCAAUCACAAGGGCCCGCUUUGAGGAGCUGAACGCAGACUUAUUCCGAGGAACCCUGGAGCCUGUGGAGAAGUCGCUCCGUGACGCCAAGAUGGACAAGGCUCAAAUCAACGACAUUGUCUUGGUGGGAGGUUCCACUCGUAUUCCCAAGAUCCAGAAGCUCCUGCAGGACUUUUUCAAUGGGAAAGACCUCAAUAAGAGCAUUAACCCCGAUGAAGCAGUGGCCUAUGGUGCAGCUGUGCAGGCAGCCAUCCUUUCUGGGGACAAGUCAGAGAAUGUGCAGGACCUGCUGCUUCUGGAUGUGACCCCUCUGUCCCUGGGCAUCGAGACCGCUGGAGGAGUCAUGACUGUUCUCAUCAAGAGGAACACCACCAUCCCCACGAAGCAGACCCAGACUUUCACCACCUACUCAGACAAUCAGCCGGGUGUUCUCAUUCAGGUGUUUGAGGGUGAAAGGGCCAUGACCAAAGACAACAACCUUCUGGGGAAAUUUGAGCUGGUUGGGAUUCCCCCUGCCCCCCGCGGGGUUCCUCAGAUUGAGGUGACCUUUGAUAUUGAUGCUAAUGGCAUCAUGAAUGUGUCUGCAGUCGACAAGAGCACUGGGAAGGAGAACAAGAUCACAAUCACCAACGACAAAGGUCGCUUGAGCAAGGAGGACAUUGAGCGUAUGGUCCAGGAAGCGGACAAGUACAAGGCUGAGGAUGAUGUGCAGAGAGAGAAGGUGGCUGCCAAGAACGGUCUGGAGUCUUACGCCUUCAAUAUGAAGUCCACCGUGGAAGACGAGAAGCUGAAGGGCAAGAUCAGCGACGAGGACAAACAGAAGAUUACGGACAAGUGUAACGAGGUCAUCAGCUGGCUGGAUAAAAACCAGUCUGCAGAAAAAGACGAGUUUGAACAUCAGCAGAAGGAGUUGGAGAAGGUGUGUAACCCCAUCAUGACCAAGCUGUACCAGAGUGCUGGGGGAGUGCCCGGUGGAUGCCAGGUGGAAUGCCAGGGGGCUUCCCCGGAGCUGGUGGCGCUCCCGGAGGAGGAGCGUCCUCCGGCCCCACCAUCGAGGAGGUCGACUAAACUAGACCAGACUUGCAUGAGCUUGUUAUCUUUUGAGGUUGUUGUGAGGGGUGAUCACAGUCAUAAUAUCACCGUUAUCGAAAUGGUUAUGCUCAUAACUAUUAACCGGGAUUGUUUUGGGAUUGUUUUCAUCAUUUUGUAUGCCAGGCUUAAGGCAGCACUUCCACUGUGGCUUUUCUGGUAGGCGGUCUUUUCAGGCCACUGUUGCAUUCAGGUGAACCAGUUAAUGUUUGCAUUACCACGGUGUGUUUUUCUUUCUGAGUUGGUCAUGUGGCUGAAAUGGUUGAUAUUGCUCAACAUGUUGCAAAAUGAGACAAAAUAAAAGAUUAUUUUGAGUUUGGA